AUGGCGCUGCGAGCACCUGCCUGCCCGGCAAAGGCACCCAGCGGUCCCCACGCAGCUCUCCCAAGCACCGGGGCAGUGCAGCCUGAGGAACUUAGCUCCCCCAGUCGAUGUGAAAGUAAGAGAAACCAAGGUGCAGCAGAUGAAGGAGAGGCAUUGAGGUCAGCUGCUGGAGGCAACAGUGUCACCUUGAGCUACCCCAGCCCCCAUCUCCAUGCGUACAGCAUCAAGAGCAUGACAACGUUUCCGAAUGGCUGUGGAAAUGGCAGCGCCGUUACUUGCAUAGUUAUGGAAAAUAAAGAGACCCAAAACCAGACUACCUGUGUCAGUCAUAAUGAAGGGUACAGCACCAGCAACAGUCACGAGGAGGAAAUUCAAGAGGAUAAACUCAGCCCUUCCAAAAUCAUGCGCUUUUUCACUACCCCUCGGAAACGGGCUAAUUCCAGCUCUGACAGGCCUCGUUCUCUGGUUUUGAUGGGCAACUCAUCCACGUGGAAUGCUUUGUCUUCCAUCAGAAAAAUGGGAUCUUUCAAGAAGCUGAAAUCUUCAGUUCUCCAAGGAAUUCAGGCAAGGGAAUGCUCAGACGUGUUAAAUGAUAAUGGUGUAGGCAAACAUAGUUCAAACGGGGCAGUGGUGCAAGUUCAGGCUAACAGGUAUUCCUAUGCAGGGCCUCUGCAUGAUUUCCAGAGCGCAGUGGAUGGUUUAGCUUCUGACUGCUCUGAUGUGGAGGAGAGCGACGAGUCCUUCCUGAGGAAUACUCAUCGCUCACGCAGCAUCAGGAGGGCCUACGGUGCUGGACGCAUAAACUUGCUCGACACGGAUAAGCUUCAGAGUCAUCACAACUGUACGAGGCCAACGUCCCCUGUCAUUGCAGAGCCAAAGAUAUGUGAAAUUUUGCUGAAAGACCCUGAAAACAACAGGAUCAUUUAUCGGAGAAGCAAAAGUUCAGAUAAUUUGAACUUUCUGAAAAAAAGCUCCUUCAAAAGGAAGUCCACCUCAAACCUCAGUGACCUCAAGGUUGCAAAUGAAAAAGAGAUGCCAGCAAGGACUGUGAGUGUUACUUCUGCUGACUCGGACAAAACCGGAGGGAACCCUGAGAGGAGAUCCAAGCGAUGGAAGAGCCCUAUCAGGGCAAAGGAUUUUGACCGAGUUUUGAAACUUGUCAGUAAUGUUACAGAUGUUGCGUGGAAGAAGGAUGGUCCGAAGAGCACGGCUCCUCCCAGUGAACAGUCCCUGAGAACAAGGUCAAACAGCAGACUGCACGAUGACUACUCCCGCAGGGUUUCCAGCAGCACAGAUCAUGACAGAAAGAAAUGCACCUCCCCGGUAUCUAGCCCAGAGUCUUCCUUGCCAGGAACGCCUUGUCUGCAAAGCCCUGCUGUUGCUCAGGAUAAAGAGGCUGAAGCAAAUGUAGCUGUUGCUGUAGACAAAAGCCUCAGGACGUCAUCUGGUAUCCCAGACUCUGAUAGCUUAUCACCCACGCUGAAUGACAUUAGUCCAUUUCCCAAUGAAGUGUUUUAUUCGGACUCGGAUGAACCAAAAGCUAGCCAGCAGUUUACAUAUGAAGCUGAAAACCCUCAUGUUCCAGUCAGACCGACUACUCCAAAGCCUCAAAGUCCCACUGCAGAGAAGGUCAAGUGCAAUAUGAAUUUCCAAUGCCCAGACCAUCACAGCACGUUGUCACUGUGCUCGUCAGAGAGUGAGGAGAGAGCUGAGGUACCAGGGCUGAAGCUGGGCAGGAAUCCUGUUUGCUUCCAAGACUCAGUGCAAACUGUGUUCUAUGAUGAUGGAAACGAAGACAGUGGCAUAAGCAGCCACUCUCAGCUGAGCCUCAAUUUAGCCUCUGGUGCUGAAGAGAAAAAGGAAGAGGUUGUUUCUGAUGACCAGUGGAAGAGGUCUCCAUCCCAGGAUGAAGAAAAGGCAGACACACAAAAGGUCACACACAGGAGGUGGGGCUCUGGAAAAAGAUCUCGUCCCAGACCUCUGUCAGACUAUGGCCAAAUGGCAAUCAGAAGUUUCUCUAUACCAGAAGAUGCAGUUGCGGUGGAGUCUCAGAAGACAGACUGCACGGAUGGAGAAAAUCAGCCAGGACUGGCUUCCCCCAGGUCUGUGAUCCAAAGCAACACAGUAGGCUGCCACCGGGGGCGAAAAAGAAGACCCAUCUCCGUGAUAGGUGGGGUCAGUUUCUAUGGAAGCGGUCCGGCGGAAGAGAUAGAAGGUCUGCUGACACAACCUGUAGCACGGCCGCCCGUUCCUGCGCACCAGGUCCCCCCUUACAAAGCUGUUUCAGCCAGGUUCCGGCCGCUCACCUUUUCACAAAGUACCCCCAUUGGCCUGGACCGCGUUGGGCGAAGGCGGCAGAUGAGAACGGCUAACG